UCUAUUUUUAUAUCACUAUCUUCUAUUCUUAUUUCUCUAUCUUUUCUCUCUUUUAUUUUAUUUUGCUAUCUUUUUUAUCUUCUUUUCCUUCUUUAUUAUUCUUAUUAUUAUUAUUACUAGAUUUUCUUUUUACUAACUCUUUUUUUCUUUUAUUUUUGCUGGUUUCGUUCAAUUUUUUUUUCUUACCAGAUUCUUUUUUUUUUCUUUUGUUACUAACAUUUUUUUUUUGUCUUUCAGGUCCCGUUUAAUUUUUUUUUUCACUAACAUAUUUUCUUCUUCUUUUUUUUUCGUUACUUUCAGUUUUUUUUUUCUUCUUCUUCCAUUGGUAUUACUCCAAUUCUAUUAGAUUCUGUUCUUUUACGUUUUUGUUUUCUUCGUUAGAUUUUUUUGUUUUUGUUUACUAUUUUCUUUCUGGUGAAAAAAAAAUAAACAGAACACGAGUGUUACUGUGUUAGUCUGUAGAAUUUUUGCAGUGAUGGAAGCUAAACUUGAUAAGCUAGAAGCCAAACUCGACGAGAUACAAUUUUCUGUUACACAAAUGUUGCUCAAGAGCUAUCAACAACAGUUUGAGUCACCUCAAUGUUAUCCACAAGAGAAUUUUGAAAAUAUUUGGUGUGACCCACCUUGCUAUCAUCCACAAGGGCAAUUCCAGCAGCCUAUUUAUUCACCACCAUGCUACUAUCCGCAAGAGGAAUUUCAAUAUCCAUUUCAUGAUCCACAUCAUUCACAAGAGGAAUUUCAUCAACCUUGGAAUGAUCCACCCGAAUUUCUGGAAGACAUUUCAAAGCAAUAUGAAGCAAACCAAGCCCAGUUUCAACAACCUCGACACGAGGAACCUUCCAUAUUGCAAGAAAUUCAAGACAUGUUGAACCAAAUGUUUGCAAAUCUCAAUGCAAAUGCUGAUCAACACCUGCAAGAUACUGCAAAUUUACAAGCUCCAGUUAACGAGCUAGUUGCUCGCACUCCCACAUUGCAACAUGAAGCUGAUGCAGAGAUUGAUGAUGAAGUUAAUCCUUGUGAUGAUACUCAUCUUGAUGCUAAGACUAAUGGUUCUAGUGAUGUUAGUGAGUUUGCAGUUGAUUUUGCUUCUGAUGCUGAUUCUAAUGAUGAAGCCAACCAACAAGAAAUACAUCUCCCUCUUCCACAAAGAACUUAUGAGAAUGAGAAGAUGUAUCAUGGUGAAGAAGAAAAUAAGUUGUUGGAUGAUUUCAAGAAGUGUUUUGCAAGGGAUGAAGUUAAGAAGAUGGAUGUAGAACGUGGAUCUAAAUUAGCAAUAUUUUCACAUAAGCCGCUUUUAAUUAAUCUAGACAUUUUUGAAAAAGUCGUGCUUAUUGGAGACUCUGUUGAUUGCAAGAAGUCAAUUUCCAUGGAGGAAUAUGUUUUGAAACCUCUACCGAAGUCGGACGGAAUUGACAAGAUUGUUAAGCUUGCAAAAUUAAGAUGGUUUAACAGUGUGGUUAACAUAUGGAUUUGUCUUGAUAUUUCUGCUUCUUUUUGA